AUUUUUUAAUUAGUAUUUGAAAGUCUAUUUUAUAAAGUCUAGUCUAUAUUGUGCUAUUAUAUUUUACUUUAACAAAAUUAAAUAUGUUAAAUUAUUUGAUAAUUUUAUUGUUUUUAAAUUAUGUAACCAGUGAAACUAUUGAAAUCCAUGAUGGUCAAUCAUUAUCAAACUAUCAGCAAAAUUUUGAUAAUGUUUUAAUUGUAAAUAACACUAACAAUAAUUCUUUAUCACCAAAAGCUAUUUCUUAUAUAGAGAGAUCAUCGAUCAAAGCAAAUGCUACUAAAUAUAAAAGCGGACGAAGCGUUUCAUUUGUUUGUGAUUACGAUUUAAAGUCAAUCGAUUCACUAACGACUGUUGCCUUCUAUAAGGACGGACUUAAAAGCAUUAAUUGUUUUUAUUAUCAAAACAGAACAGGUAGUCGAUAUUUUGAUCGUAGAAUUAAAGGAGUAGAAAAUGUUGUCAACGAUUAUUUGGAUCAAAAUAGAAUGCAAUUAAGUUUAACUGUAUCUAAAACAACAAAAUAUACCAUGGGCAGUUAUCAAUGUGUCAUUAUUUUUACAAAUGGUACUUACAAUGGGAAUACUCAUAGAUAUCAAGAAUAUGCUGUUAUAUCAUAUCCAAUACAACUAACCAACAAUUGCUAUCAAUUAAAUUUAUCAAUUAGUAUACUAACUAUUUGGUCACUAAUUAUUUGGUUUAAUAAUAAAUAAUUUUACAUUUAAAGUAAUAUAUA